AUGUACAGUAACUUUAAGGAGCAAGGGAUUGAGUAUGCGAAGCAGGCUGUACAGGAGGAUACAGCUGGCAACUAUGCCAAGGCCUUGCCCCUUUACAUGAACGCGCUCGAGUAUUUUAAGACCCACUUGAAGUACGAGAAGAACCCGAAGAUUAAAGACGCGAUUCAGGCCAAGUUCGUGGAAUACCUAGAUCGAGCCGAGCAGAUUAAGGAGGUAUUGGAAGGAGCACCGCAGAACGGAGCGCCGGGAGACGCGGCGUCUGCCAUCAAGCCGAAGGCGAAGAAAGGCGGAGCUGGUGGUGGUGGGGAUGACGACGCUGACAACAUGAAGCUUCGAUCGGGGUUGAAUUCGGCCAUUGUGCGAGAGAAGCCGAAUAUCAAGUGGUCCGACGUGGCAGGAUUGGAAGGCGCGAAGCAGGCGCUACAGGAAGCGGUCAUCCUGCCAGUCAAAUUCCCGCAGUUCUUCACAGGCAAGAGGCGGCCAUGGAGAGCGUUCCUCCUGUACGGCCCGCCAGGCACUGGCAAGUCGUAUCUCGCCAAGGCCGUCGCCACGGAGGCCGACUCUACCUUCUUCAGCAUCUCGUCGUCCGACCUCGUGUCCAAGUGGAUGGGCGAGAGCGAGAAGCUGGUGGCGAAUCUGUUUCAAAUGGCGCGGGAGAGUGCGCCGUCCAUCAUCUUCAUCGAUGAGAUCGACUCGCUGUGCGGCCAGAGGGGCGAGGGCAACGAGAGCGAGGCAUCCCGGCGCAUCAAGACAGAGUUCCUCGUCCAGAUGCAGGGUGUGGGCACGGAGGACAACAAAGUGCUGGUACUCGCUGCCACCAACACCCCCUACUCCCUCGACCAGGCGGUGCGGCGGCGCUUUGACAAGCGAAUCUACAUCCCACUACCGGAUGUGAAGGCCAGGCAGCACAUGUUCAAGGUGCAUCUAGGGGACACGCCCUACAGCUUGUCCGAGAAGGACUUUGAGGAGCUGGCUCAGAAGACAGAUGGAUUCUCGGGGUCGGAUAUUUCCGUCUGUGUGAAGGAUGUCCUAUUUGAGCCCGUUCGGAAGACGCAAGAUGCCAUGCACUUCAAGAAGGUGCCCAAGGACGGCGACUUCUGCUACAUGCCGUGUGGGCCACGCGAGCCAGGCGCCAUCCAGACCACCAUGGAGGAGCUUGCAGCACAGGGGCUGGGGGAGAAGAUUGUUCCUCCACCCAUCAUGAAGACGGACUUUGACAAGGUGUUGUCACGACAGAAGCCAACAGUAAGCAAAGACGACUUAAAGAUUCAAGAGAAGUUCACGGAAGAGUUUGGGGAGGAAGGGUGA